AUGACGGCGAACUGUAUUAGGGAGGUUGCGAGGGAGGUGUUAGGGGUCUCAAAGGGUUACUCUGGCGGGCACAGAGGAGAUUGGUGGUGGAAUGAAGAGGUUCAAGGAAAAGUGAAAGCGAAGAAAGCGACGUACUUGAAGUUAGUAGAGAGUAUAGACGAGGAGGAGAGAAGAGCGAACAAAGCAGGGUAUAAGAAGGCUAGGAAAGAGGCGAAGCUAGCGGUCACUGAUGCCAAAAAUGCAGUUUUUAGUCAUUUGUAUGAAGAGUUGGGGGAGAAAGGAGGGGAUAAGAAGUUAUUUCGGUUGGCCAAGGCGAGAGAGAGAAAGGCUCGUAAUCCGGAUCAAGUGAGGUGCAUCAAAGAUGAAGAAGGCAGAGUUUUGAUGGAUGAGGCUAUGAUUAAGAGGAGAUGGAAGACUUACUUUCAUAAACUUCUGAAUGAAGAUGGGGACAGAUACAUUGUGUUGGGUGAUUUGGAUCACUCCAAAAGUCGCCGUGAUUUUAGGUACUGUAGGUGCAUUAAGGUUGAGGAGGUCAUGGGCCCUAUGCAUAAGAUGAACAGGGGCAGUGCGACUAGGCCGGACGAGAUUCCGGUUGAAUUUUGGAGGUUUGGAGGUAGAGAGGGCCUCGAGAGGCUGAUCGGGCUAUUCAAUGUUAUUUUUAAGAUGAAGAAGAUGGCAGAGGAAUGGAGAUGGAGUAUGAUGAUUACUUUGUACAAGAACAAAGCUAUCCAUCUUAUCCGAAGGUUGGUGGAACAAUAUAGGGAUAUGAGGAAGGAUUUGCACAUGGUGAUUAUUGACCUAGAGAAAGCGUACGACAAGGUCCCAAGAGAUGUUCUUUGGAGAUGCUUGGAGGUAAAAGGUAUUCUGGUAGCAUAUAUUAGUGUGAUUAAGGACAUGUAUGAUGGAGCCAAGACUCGGGUUAAGAUAGUAGAAGGAGACUCGGAGCAUUUUUUGGUGGUUAUGGGGCUACACCAAUGA